CGAGGCUGCAGCUCGGGCUCUGGCGCCCGGAGUUGGAGUUGCUCGGAGUUUCCCCGACCCCUCCCUCCUCGCGCACAGCAGCAGGAGCCCGCGCAGGAGCAGCGAGCCGCGACCAGCCAGCCCCGAAGCCCGCCCAGCCUAGCCUGCAGCCCCGAUCUCCGCGCGGGGCAGCCGCGGGAGAGCACUGUCUUCGGUUGGGACGCGUGCCGCGCACCAGGCACCGCCCGAGCAGGAGCCCGGCUGCACGAAAAUUCCCUGCGUGCCCUCCUGGGUGGCUCUACAAUGAGUGCCAAGUCUGCCAUCAGCAAGGAAAUUUUUGCACCUCUUGAUGAAAGAAUGCUGGGAGCUGUCCAAGUCAAGAGAAGGACAAAGAAAAAGAUUCCUUUCUUGGCAACUGGGGGUCAAGGCGAAUACUUAACUUAUAUCUGCCUGUCAGUGACAAACAAGAAACCCACACAGGCAUCUAUCACGAAGGUCAAACAGUUUGAGGGCUCCACAUCGUUUGUCCGAAGAUCCCAAUGGAUGCUUGAGCAGCUUCGCCAAGUUAAUGGUAUUGAUCCUAAUCGGGAUUCUGCAGAGUUUGAUUUGUUGUUUGAAAAUGCCUUUGACCAGUGGGUUGCUAGCACGGCCUCAGAAAAGUGCACCUUCUUCCAGAUCCUCCACCAUACCUGCCAGAGGUACCUCACAGACAGGAAGCCAGAGUUUAUUAACUGCCAAUCCAAAAUUAUGGGAGGAAACAGCAUCCUCCAUUCAGCAGCUGAUAGCGUGACCAGUGCAGUACAGAAGGCAAGCCAGGCCUUGAAUGAGCGUGGGGAACGGUUAGGCCGAGCAGAAGAGAAGACAGAAGACAUGAAGAACAGUGCCCAGCAAUUCGCAGAAACUGCACACAAGCUCGCCAUGAAGCACAAAUGUUGAGAAACUGCCUAUCCUUGUGAACCUCUAAAGAAAGUGGAGGAGUUUGUUCCGCAGUUAUUACAAGACUUCCAGAUGGCGGCUUCUUUGGUUUUGCUGUUGUUUUGUUUGUUUGUUUGUUUGUUUUCCCAAUAUAAAGACAUUGAAUGGUCUGGUUUUUCAUCGCCAGAUGUUAAUAUGAAUGAAUGACAAUGUGUUGUGUGUAUACAUUUCCCUCUCUUGCUAAGGAAUGUUGCAAUAGCAUCAGCUAUGUUUUUACUUUUUCCAUUGUAUGUGUGUGAGUGUGUAUCUGUGUGUGUGUGUGCAUAUGUUCCUUUUGAAGGAAAAUUGUUUUUGUAGUUCAAAUAUGAAAUUCAGACCAAAUAAUAAGCCAGGUAUAAAUUAGCAAAAUGUAUUUUUUUUUCUCUCUGAAACUAAGCAACAAAAUAGUUCAAUAUGGUGGCAUCAGAUGAUGGUCCUGGGCACAAAUAAAAGCCGAGCAGUGCUUUCACUUUCUCUCCUAGUCCUCUUCAUUUGAAGAGCAAAAUUAAAAUUUAUUAUCCUGAGACUCAAGUCUGUACUGUGGGAAACACAUGGAUGUAUCGGGGGAAUUGGAUUUAGUCUUUUCAUGUUAAUCUUUUUGCAUGAACCAUCAAGAGCAUUCACAAAACAAAUCAAAGAGACAUCUACUCUCUGGGCUGACACAUAAACAUUUCUGCUCCUUUCUUCCAGUCUGAUUCGUUGGAAUUAUUAUAUGAAGGAUAAAAAUUUGAAUGUAAAGACCUAUUGUAAAACCUAUUUUAAAACCACUGUGGAUUUAUGGAUAUUUCUCUUGUUGUCAUUGUCCCAAGUUAUAGUAGCUGACAUGGGGGGGGACUUAUAUUUCUAAAAAUACAUAAUAUAUCUAGGGUCAGAGAAAUGGCUCAGUGAAUGAAGAUGCUUAUAGCAUAAAAUAAACCUGGUGACUAGACUCCACAGAUUUGACCUCUGACCUCCAUACAUGUGUCCCAGCACACAUAUGCACACCAUAUAAAACACAUACACAAAACAAUAUUAUAAUGAAUAAAGUCAAAUAUAAUAAAUGAAUUGUCUAGAUAAACAUAUGUAAAUUAUAAUGUCGAAAGAUGCUAUGUUAUUUUUUCUCUUUUUACAAAGCUAUGCCCAAUUUUAGAGGGACUCUCACAAGAUCCUUGGGAAAGAGCCUUUAGUGUUUGGAUAUUGGAGAUUUCUGGAUUGUUGUGGCUUUUAGUUUCUUUUGUGUUGUUUAACAUGUACUUCUUGACAGAUGGCAUACUCGUCAGUUUCAGCUUGCCUGGUCUGAUACAGACAGCAUGGCUACAAGCCUUCACAGUGCUGUCAGAUUGAACAGAGUCUCUUCCAGGCCUUUGGCGUAUGUGUUGCUCAAGGUAAUACUGCAUUUAGACUGUGAAAAUUUUGUUUUCUUGAGGGUUAAAAGCUAGACAUUAAAAUUUAAAAAAAAAAAUUACUUGUUGCUCAUAAAGCAAUGAGGCAAGCUACACAUACCACUUACUGCAGUGCAUGGAGUUUUCAGACGCCUGGGUCUUCAGGACCCUUUCCUUCUUUACUUUCCACCGAGUCCCCUGUUUACUUGUGAUGUAGUCUCUAAUGCAGCAACAUAAGACGACUUUAGAUUACUAAUGCUGAUCUAAAUAGCUUACGUUCUCCUAAUAACGCAUCCCCUGAGGAAGAGCACAUUUUCUGUGGAAUAUCAUGAGUAUAAUGUCAGGAAGAGGAUGGAUUUGCUGCAAACAAGCGUUAGAAUCCUCUUGGGCAGAUAAUCCAGGUGAAGAACAUUCUGUAAAAUGUACAUAGAGGACUAUGAAUGUUUACUAUAUCCUAAGCUUUUCUUUAGGUGUCUUACAAUUUUUUUAAAAAGCCAGGAACCUGCCAUCUACUGACUAUCGGAACUGUUUCCUAAAAAAUAAGAAUAAAAAUUAAAAGCCCCCAAAUAACACUCCAAAUUGAUUUCACUUGCAGACUUCAGCUCAGAAAGCACAGAUAUUUGUCUGCUAAAACUGGAUUCUAGUUUCAGAGGGUUGAUAUAAAUAGUUGAGAGAAAGUCUAACAUUCCCCCACUCAAGUCAACAAUAAAAUCACUUGUUGGAUACCUGACGACAACUUUGGGGCAGCUGUCUCUGGACAGGCUGAAGUAUAAUGUGAAAGCUGAGGCUUCCUCCUCAGCAUAUGAAUGGAAAUGCCCUGCGCCUGCCCUCUUUCUGUUCCCUCUCUCGAUCACUUUAGGCCUAAAUCUUGUUGGAAAUAGUCUGAACUAAAAGAAAAGCCCACCUGAGCUCUGUUAGCUUGUCUUCUGAUCAGUCAGCAUCUAGGCCAUCACGAUGACCUUGGCCUAUGAUCCGUCCUGCUUGUCUUCCACCACACACACAAGCUAUAACAACAAUUACUGCCCCUCUUCAGCUGUCCAGCCUCUUGCAGAGAACCCCUUGAUAACAUAUGUGAAGUCUGUUGCAAUUCUUUGGUAGAAGGUGCAAUAUAAAAUGCUAAUGCAGUGUAACCACCAUGAAUUUGCUAAGAGGACUCCUGUCAUAUGGGACCAAGUCAUUUGGUUGAGCUUUCUAGAAGACUUAUGGUGUUGAUUUUAUUUCUGCACGUCAUUAUGAAUUUUGGAAAUGCUGUCUUGCUCUGAAGGACUUCGCAAAUUAUAUUGACAAUGCAUAAAAAAGGAACGUGCCAGCAUUUCCACUUCUUCCUGGAAUGUAGCUGUAGUGUUCUUCACUAGAAUGAUUAGAUAUCUAUGUCCAGGCUCUAUGCAGUUAUUCAGGUUGAUGUUUCAUUUUAAAGAAUGUAUUUGUAAAAUGUAACAAGAUCAGUAGCUAACUUUUUUUAAGGUCUGGUAGAAGUAAUAUUGUGUGUUAAACCUAAAAUUAUAGUGAAAUCUGUUUUAUACUAUCGUGACUAGCAAAGAUUAUGCAUUUAUGUAGAAACAGUUACAGAGUGCCCUAAAUAAGAGAUACUAGUUAAGAUAGGUUUCACUCCUAAUUUCAGAAUUGUGAUGCUGCUCAUGUGUGUUGUUCUUGGUUUUUCAGAAAUUCUCUAUGAUAUUGAGUACCAUUUUUGUUUCAUUCAGAGACAAGUUAACAGCUGUUUUGUUGGUUCACUAUUCUAGCAACUCAGAUUUUUGUCAUUAAAUAUUUUAACUCUGGUGAA